AUGAUAAUCAAUACCCCCCAUGGGAGGCUCCACAGGCUGCCUUACACAGGCAACAUAACAAAGAAUAUUUCUGUGCCUCAGCUUUCCACGGGAACCCACAUUUCUCCCGACCUAAAAACCCUCAUCAAACGCUACGUACACACUAAGGCUCCUUCAGGAGCUUCCAUGGGACCUCCAGGGUCCUUCAGGGCCCUCCAGGCUCCUUCAGGGCCCUCCAGGCUCCUUCAGGGCCCUCCAGGCUCCUUCAGGGCCCUCCAGGCUCCUUCAGGGCUCUCCAGGCUCCUUCAGGGCCCUCCAGGCUCCUUCAGGGCUCUCCAGGCUCCUUCAGGGCCCUCCAGGCUCCUUCAGGGCCCUCCUGGCUCCUUCAGGGCCCUCCUGGCUCCUUCAGGGCCCUCCUGGCUCCUUCAGGGCCCUCCAGGCUCCUUCAGGGCCCUCCAGGCUCCUUCAGGGCCCUCCAGGCUCCUUCAGGGCCCUCCAGGCUCCUUCAGGGCCCUCCAGGCUCCUUCAGGGCCCUCCAGGCUCCUUCAGGGCCCUCCAGGCUCCUUCAGGGCCCUCCAGACUCCUUCAGGGCCCUCCAGGCUCCUUCAGGGCCCUCCAGGCUCCUUCAGGGCCCUCCAGCCUCCUUCAGGGCCCUCCAGGCUCCUUCAGGGCCCUCCAGGCUCCUUCAGGGCUCUCCAGGCUCCUUCAGGGCCCUCCAGGCUCCUUCAGGGCCCUCCAGACUCCUUCAGGGCUCAUUAG